ACGAAUUCUCCUUCCUCGAUUCCUCGUCUCCAACCAAUUCAAUCUUUCCUUGAAACUUCCUUCAUGAUGUUGAUUGUUGAAUUUUAGAGUCCAGAUCUUGAUCAAGGAAUCUAGGCUUGUUCCAGUCGUGGGUGAUGCAUUCGUGAUGAUGAGGGGGAAAUUCCAGCCUUGGGACUGACUGUUCAGAGAUGGCCAUGCAACGACGUGUGUUGUUGUCUGCGACUGUCAUAGAUGUUCUGGAGGGAUCAGUGACUUAUGCUGCAUGUCCAGAAUGUUACUCCAAGCUUACACAAGGGACAUGUCCAAAAUGUGGCUUUUGGUACACUCAGUCAGAGAUUUCAUACCGAUACCGUCUGUGUUUGGCUGUGUGCGAUGGUUCUGCUGUGAGCUUUGUGACAGCAUUUGGAGGCAUGCUCAAUCUGUUUUUUGGAACACCAGCCUCAGACUUCCAGCAAAAGUAUGUCUGCCCUCUUGAGAACCAGCUGGGCAGUUUGUCGACAAACACCGUCAAGGCUGCUGUGGAAGAGACGUUCGCUGGGAGAACUCUUGUGUUUGGUUUGAAAAUCUCCUCCCCUCUUAAUCCGAGAUGCGCAGCAGGUGCUGGGUCUGUAGACAAGGACAAGGGGAAUCACUCAGUACUCACACUACAGGACAUUAUAGAAAUGACGGGAGUUGGAGCAGACAUGAGGAACAAUUUUGUGGCUACUCAAGUCCUGCCCCAGACAUCACCACAGACGAGACAAACCGUUAGUCAUCACUUGGAUGUUCUGAUGGCUGUGCUUGCCAGAGAAGACGCCAACCACGCUGUUCUCAGCAGUGGCUCAGACGAGGCCCAGCUGUCUCUGUUGCUACAUUCCUUUCUCAGAGAGGCUAGGCCAGACCUGGAGCUGACUGAGUCAUCUGUUAGCCACUGUCCACUCAGUCCAGAGGUCUCGGAUGUCCUGUCGUCACGUUCCUCUCCCAGUGAUCUUGACCAUGUCUCGGUAGCUCUCAGCUGUGACAACUCAAGACUCAGCUCUGUUUCCUUUGAGUCCAUAGACAGACCAAAGUCUCAGAACCUUUCAGAUUCACGUAUCCACUUAAACGUUAAGUCAGUUUCGCCAAAUUGGAGGAACAGUUCUGAAUCUUUCAGAUAUACUGGGCCAUCGACUCCCCUUGAGCUUGAUAAAGAGACAAAUGACUUUUGUGAUAGAUCGCAGGAUGAUUUUAGAAAGAAAAACUGUCUCCAUGCCUGUAGCCAUCGCCAACAUUCCAAUGAUAGGUCACUCCUAGGUCAUGGCAGAUGGGAAUCAGGCGAUGUCCUUGAUUUACAUGACCAUUUGACCUGCCAUGUACAUACUUUUGAUGGUGGACCAAGGAGGUCAGUGAGGUUAAUCAACAGAGAAUUAGGGAAGGAUCUGCAAAACUUGAGAGGUAAAGAAAAUACCCACCAGUAUAUAGGGAGAGACAAGUCGUGUUCUUUACAUGAUCAGAUAAAAUCCCGAAGACAUGAGUUCAGUCACGUAGUUAACGCAGGCGUGUUAAAGGCUCAGCCUAACCAAGAGAACAUGAGGAGUGAAAGAGCAAAGAAAGAUGACAGAAAGAAAAGUUGGAAAGCUGGACAGACUUGGUGCAAAACUAAUCACUUUAGACGGCUGCGUAAAAUGUCUGGUGUGUGCCAUAACAAGUUUGGUGGUGACAGAUCAAAAGCUAGGCUGACACAUGAUUCAAAAAUUGUCCAGGAUGUGUCUAAAGGAAGCCCCCAGCUCCGUCUAAAAAAUGCAGAGACCUGCUCUUCUAUGGAGGUUCUGAGAAACAGUUUGUCUUGUUCCCAGAAUGCAUCUGCCCUUAUCUUUACGCAUGCUGCAUGUGGAGGGGAUCUAUCGGUAUUGUGUAGGACUCAGGAUAGAAGCCACUUUGAAUCAUCAAGCGACCGAUAUGGGUUUGAGGAUUCUCCACAGCUAAAAAAUAAAAACAUGUAUUCCUCUGACUUUUACAGGUUGUUGAAAACAAAUCUUAAGUCAUCUAAAGAAAGUACUGCUACCAUUCAUAAUGAGAAAUCCGCUACUGAUCUUAAAGAGACAAGUACUUCUGCUGAUAAUGAAGACCAUGAUUGUAAUAUGGGUGGUGGGAACUCAACAACUAGUGUUCAGGGUAAUUAUUUUUCUUGUUUUCCGGUUGCAAAAGAUAACAGCUGCUCUCAAACGACCAACCCUCCUGUUGCUGUUACUUGUGACCACCAACACAAUGUUUCUGUGAGAACAGUUUGUGAGAGCAAAACCCUUUCUCUGAAGAAACAGCUGGAGUUGCAACACUCUCCAACCACAUUGCAGCAACUGCCUUCUGAUCCUGCUGGUGGUCGUGACAGCUGUGAUGUUGGUGGCGGACUGAACUUGCUGGGGGCGGCAAUUAGUCCAAUGGGUGGUCAUCACACCAGUUUGGAGGAAAUGCCGGAGUCAGAAGAUUUUGAUCUUUUCAUGGCAGCCUGUGCUUAUGAUAAUGUGCAGCCUGUGCAAAUGACAGGGACACUCUCUGUUAGCAAAGAAGCUCAGUCUAGUGGUAAUAAAAAGUCGUCUGGUGGCUUAGGAAGAAAUAUUUGUGAUCCUACAACAUUAAUACAAGUGACAAGGGAGCCCUCUGAUGGCAGCACAGAACCAGCUGGGGGUCCAGAAGGAAAUCAUAAUUGUGAUGUCAUAAAGUCUCCCCAGGGGGUGGAUGCUCCCUCUGGGCACAACGGAGUAUGGACUAGUGGUCUCAUGAGAACUUUUUGUGACUCUAUUUCUUCACAAGGCCUAGCGCCUUGUGCUUACAACAGCUUGACUACAUCCCUGCAGGCAAUGGUAACUCCCUCUGAUGACAAUACUGACAUGGCUAGAGGCAAAUGUGACAAUGAGGAGGACAAUGCCAGAGAAAGAAACUUCUCACAACUUUUUGACGAGACUCGCCUUACAGACGCGUAUGCUCAGAGUAUCUCUGCCAAUGUCACUUUACGACGACACUGUACUCGAAAGGACAGGAAGAAGAAGAAGACAUCUCAUGUCACCAGGAAGUCAGGUGAGGCUGUUUGCCCCACGCUUGCUCAAAUAUCCCCCUGCGAGACACUGGAGUCCACUGACAACUUUCUGUGCUCAGCUGUGGAGCCACCAGAAUCUGAAGACAUGUGGAAGUUUCUGGAAGACUGUGAGCCAGCUUCAUGUGUUUCUUCUCAGGUUGAUCAUGGAGUUGAGGGCAGAAGUUGUGUUAGUUGUCUCCCCUUUCCCUCUAAGCAUAAUCUCGAGAUGACCAGUGAGCAACUCGGUCGCAUUCAGAAUACUAAAUUGCGUGGCGGUAUUGGUAGGCCUACUGCUCAAGGGAUCGUAAACUUCGACUCUCAGAGAAAAGCUAAAGAAAGGCUGUCUGUGGUUGUGAAACAGUCCGGAGCGCAGGAUGGCUGGCAGUGUGAUCUCAGAGACAGGAGGGAGAAAAGCGGAGAGACAGACAACACAAAUGAUUGUGUUUCUAGCCACAUUCUACAGCAGCAGUCUUUAUCAUUUGAUGAGAUAAAUAUUGAUUUUGACCACCUGAGAUUGCCUUCUGCAGGAAUUGAUCAAAAUGAAUGCAGGACACUAUAUGGUUCUGCCAAAAAUGGGUCAGAAGUCUCAAGGACUAAAUUUCUGAAUCCAAUUGAGGUCACUUGCGUCAGGGGACAAAGUCGUAAGUUGUGUCAGAAUUUUUUGUCAGGCUCAUUAGCUGACAGACCUGAUUCAUCUUUGGAAUUUGUAACUCCAGAUAUCAGCAGUGGUUUUCGAAAAUCUGGGUCUAACGGGGGUGUGGCUGAAGUUACAACUGCCCAGUAUCAUUAUGAGAACUCUCUAGAGUCAUCGCACAUGUCUGUGUGUCACACUGCAGCUCCUUCAGCUAUUUCCCCACUUCCUGUUGUUUGUAACAUCCAAUCAACCACACUACAGAAGUCCUCAAACCCUCCCCUGUGUAACGUCAGACUCUCUUUUUGUAACCAGUCUAUGGAUCUCUUCGCUUCUCCUGGAGGUUCUCAACAGACGGAUGAACCUGGUUCGCAAAGUGUUCAGAAUCGAACUCGACCCUCAUAUUCCUAUGUCAAUGAGACAAGCACCAUUUUCUCCAGUGACCCAGAUAGUCUCAGCUGUGAUAAGCUUAAACAGAACAGUAAGCUGAGUGUUUGUAAGAGGGUGCGUUUUUCUUCUAUAAGCAACCAGCUACAUUUCUACCACAACAAUUCAAGCUGCUCUGGCACUUCGAAUGUGACAGAUGUACGUGAUGUGUCGCCUGCUGUCCAGCUCAAGUCAUGCCUGAAGCCACAAGUAACACUUGACAAUGUAGCUGGUGAGUGUUCUUCCCAGGAUUUGUUUUCUGACAGAAGCUCCAACAUGACCACUGAGUAUAGUCAGAUUGGUUGUUCCUUGGUUGGGACAGAUGAUGGAAAUUCACCCUGUGUGACUUGUGAUGUCAGUUCCCCUGAUCUGUUUUCUCCGUCUGUUGUGUCGGAGUCUGUCCCUGGGUGCGUCUCUGUGUCAUGUACUGAUAGAUCCUCCCUGUGGCACCGAACAAUAACCUCCAUGGCGAUCCCCUCUAGUUUGGUGACCUUUGACCACAGUCCUGUGACUACAAGUGAGAGAAGUACUGCUUCACAUCGAUGGAGGCUUCUUACUCCCAAAGCACUGUUUACACCCAGGAGUCAUUGUCCUGACUCCUUGAGGCCAACAGGACAUACAGGUGUGGCUCAGGCUGUGAGGGAUGUUGUUCAACAGGAUGAGGACAAAAACUCAGAGGAUUUGUUUACGUCCCCGAUCUCCCCACAGCCCUUUGGUCAGGCAAGCAUCGUUUGUGAAGAUGGUAAUCUCUGUUCCAUCAAAGAAAUAUAUCCUGAUCCUAAAGAGGCAUGCUCCUCACCUGACUUGUUUAUAUGAUUGUUUAUGAUCUGGAUAAGUGGAAGAGAAGUGUAUCUGCACAGCAUCUCUGUUGUCUUUGUCUAUCUUUCUUAGUUUUCCCAGCACUAAAUGACCAUUAUUGAAUUGUUUGGAAAAAGUGCUUCUCUCUGUCUUCGUACACAAACAAACAUCACCUGUUGCUGAGGUGUGGUAACAGUGCCCACUAUGUGUCAUAGGUUGAGGUGUGAGAAUAAUGCUUUCUAUGCACCAUAAGUCGAGGUGUGGGGACAGUGCUUGCUAUGUGCCAUAGGUCGAGGUAUGGAACAGUGUGCCAUAGGUUGAGAUGUGGGAGCAGUGCCCACUACGUGAUUAGGUCAAGAUGUGGGAACAGUGCCCACUACGUACCAAGGUUGGUUGAGAUAUGUGAACAGUGCUUGUCAUGUGCCAUAAGUUUAGGUGUGAGGACAGUGUGUCCUGCUUGUAAUAAGUUGAGGUUUCAGGGAGGUGUGAAAUUAUCAAGGCUGGAAGCUAGGUUUUGUGUGUUUUGACGGGAAGUUUUCAUCUGUGUACAAUGGAACUCGGAUUCAACGAGGUCGCCGGGCCUGACCUAAAAUCUCGUUGAGUCCGAGUGUUCGUUAUAGCCAA